AUGCUGUUUCUCAUCACCCUCCUCUCGAUUUUGGUCUUUGUGCAAGCAGCUGUGGUCGAACGCAGGGCCGCCCCAGCUGGCACUGUGACGUUCGACCUGAAGAAGGACUUCGGAGCGAUCGGGCAGGCUGUUACCGCCGACACGCGCGCCUUCCGCGAGGCCGCGAAGGCCAUCAUGGCGCGACCUGACAAGGCCGCUAUUCUGAAUAUCCCGGCGGGCAACUACUACAUCCGCGGUCAGCGCAAUAUCACCGCUGCCGAGCGCGCAGCCGACCCAAACCGACAGUUCUACAUCUUUGAGCCGAUUCUUAAGGUGACUGGCCUUAAGUACCUCGAAAUUCGAGGGAACGGGGCAACGCUCUCGCUUGACUGGCAUCAGCGCUUCGGUGCCUUCGAGCUUGACGGCACUGUCGCCAGUUCACGUAGACAGCACCAGCCGCAGUUUGCUGCGUCUGUAGGCCCCGUUAUCGAUCUUUGGGACGCAACCGGGCCAAUGAUUGUUGAUAAUCUAAACUUCGUCACCCUCCAGGACAAGCUGGUGAUUGGAAACGAAUAUGGCGACACUGGCAUCCAGUUGGGUGGCUCCGCAAUUGUCCUGGAGGGCUGCCCUGGAGCCCAACUUUCCCGCAUCACCACCAAAGGCAUGGCACUCGAUGGGAUCACUAUCCGCGACCAGUACAAGAAGCGGGAGCUGGGCGCUGUGACCACCCUCAACAAUGUACACUGCGAAGGCUCGGGGCGACAAGGCCUGUCCUGGAUUGGCGGCAACGGUCUCACCGUCACCAACUCACGCUUUACCAAAACGGGACGGGGCAAGGUGUCCUCGUCGCCCAAGGCCGGGCUCGACAUAGAGCCCAACAUCUCGCCCACACAGUGGACAAGGAAUGGGCUAUUCAAGAAUUGCAUGUUCGAUGACAACGCCGGUCCCGGCUUUGUUGCGCCCUUCAACCGAGCUGAGCCAGCCAAGGGAAUCGAUGGAGGCUACGCCAAGUUUGAGGACUGCACAUUCAUUGGGCAGACAACGUGGUCAGCCAAGAUCGAGGCGCCAGGCAUCUCCUUCACCCGCUGCAAGUUCUUCGGCACCGUCUGGGGCGCGAGCGAUGGGCUUGGGAUUGACGGCGUGCGCAAUCCCUCGCGCGCAACUACGUGGACUGAUUGCGCGUUUUCGGACACAUACAACGGUGUCAAGGGCGGCGGGAGCCGCACGAUGGAGGCUAGCGGUACGGCCAACGCUAAGUGGACGCGGUGCAACUUCACCAAUACGGCGGCAUCGAAUCUGUGGAUCAAAAGCAACAUCGCGUAUGGCGCGCAGAUGAAGCUUGAAAACUGCCGCGUCGUGCAUGGCAACGCUGCGAUGGAAAACCUCAAACACCAGAGCGACCUCGACCAGGUCAAUCUCAUAAGCACUGCCUUCACGGAGACUCAGGCCGUGUCAACUGGCCCCAACAAAUACCGAGUUUGGCUGUCCUUGUCGAGCAACAUAGAUACUGCCAGCAACCGCCUGACGGACUACCUGGGGAACACGUCCACGAAGAUCUCGUGGUGGCGUCAGUAG